UAGACAUAGACAUAGACAUUCUUCCGUUUCCAUCACUCGAACUCGCGACUACCAGAUGUUGUCCCUUCCUCUUCCUCGCCACGCCGAAGCCCCCAACCCCAAGCUCCCGACCACCUCCGCCUGCCUCCUCCGCCCGCGCGGCCGUCUCCUGCUCGGGUCCAGCAGAUGCAGAGCUGCCACGAAGUAUCAGUCGGCUGAGUCCCCGGAUGCUUCGAGCCUGCGCCUCGCCUCCGUGGCCGCUCCCUCCCCGCCCGCCUCUGUCCGACCCCCAGACGGCGGCGGCCUCCUCCUCCUCCUCUCCGUCGCUGCUUCCGCGGUUGCAAUAUCUGCCAGCUUCAUAUUCUUUUCGGCGAUUCCCUCCAUGUUGGACUGUAAGAGGGCAGCAGAGUCUCUUGAAAAGUCAUUUGACCUCACAAGAGAGAAGCUUCCUGAAAGUAUGGCUUCAGUGAGACUAGUUGCAAAAGAGAUCGGUGCCUUGAGUGUUGAUCUCAGUGACCUAAGUCAAGAAUUGACGAAGGUUGUGAGGAGUUCCUUGAGCAUUGUUCAUACAGCUGACGCUCAACUUCGCCAGCUGGCAACCUCAGCCCAACAAGCAUCUAUCCCUGCCAUGCGUCAUGUGAAUCCUGCUUCGGAUUGCUCGGCCAAGGCCAUGGACACUCUGCAGAUUAUGUCAGUCAAAGUUGCAGCAAUCAACGGGGGCUUGCACUGGCCACUGCAGGUGUUUGGUAUCGUUGCCGCGCGUGAUUACUUGGAUCGUAAGCGCAAUAUUAUUUUCCACCGGCCGAGGACUGACUGCCAAACCAUCACCGAGGAUGAUUGCUACCUAGCACUGGAGGGUCCUACCCAUGCCAUUGUCGUGUCAUAUGAUCCUACAUACCUUGAGGUUUCGCUCAAAGUGAAGGGCGCUACUGAAUCUGAUGAUAAAGAUUUAAGUGCUCUUGUUGUGGUGUUUAGAGCUGGAGCCUGUCCUCAAAGUGUCUUCCCUAGCAGGCUUAGCACGCUGGAAAUUAAUUUUGAUCACAUUUAUCGCUCGGUGGAGGCCACGGUCUUUAUAAGAAUCAUUGGCGGGUCGUGGCCGGAUGGCUUUCGGGGUGUAUUUAGUGCUGCCUCCAGUAGGGAUGACACCCUGCAAGUCAAGUUACUUGACUUUGAAGAUGGUGGGUUGCCUGUUGACGCUAAUGGUGUGAUCACGCUCACACGACGUGUGGUCUCUGCUGCGCUUCAGAGGAACCUGAAGGUUUCUGUAAUGGCAUUUCCAAUAAAUGAGGGAUAUGCUGCUAAGACCAGUGAAGCAGUUUUACAACCUCAUAGAGCCGGUGUAAGCCCCCCAGGAGUCAAUCUCUGUAUUGGCUCGUGUAGUAUGGAGGUUCGUGUUGCUUGGUCCUGUUUCUGUUGUGAGUGGUGACAUGCGACCAUCUUUAACUCAUUUAAUCUGUGUAUUAUAUGUUGGUGUAGUGGUACUGUGGCAUUUGUUCUAUUGGUGUAUGCAAGAAACCUGUUCCUAGUUUUGUACUAGUGGUAAUGUGGCAUCUGUUCUAGUGGCAGGUGGUGUUUUAGUGGUGUAUAUGCUACAAUCCUGUUCCAAGUAGUAGUGUUUUGUACUAGCUUCAGUGAGACUAGUUGGAAAGGAGAUUGAAUGUGGAUCUAGUAGUUACUUUCAGAUGUUGUUCAUUUGCUGUAUCCAGCAUCCA